AUGUUUAUCAGAAGAACUUUUCUCCUCUGCUCUCUGCUGUCACUCUUAAAACUUGCUCGUUGCAUGGAAAGUGAGCUCUGCUUCCCGGUCAGGCUGGAUACGCACAAUAACGAUGACAGGAGGGAUUUUGACAACGACUUGGAAAACCUUAACGGAGAAUGUGUCAUAAAAAUACGAGCUUUCCAGCAGGAGUUGGUGAUCGAUUUACAAAAGGACUCUAAUUUCAUCGCCCCUUCACUUUCUAACCAAGACGCGCUUUGGCUCUCCAACACCGAUGCCACCACUGACCUGAGCCGGUGUUUCUACUCCGGAUAUGUGAAUGCCGACAGCUACUCUUACGCCGCUUUGAGCCUCUGUAAAGGUUUGCAAGGUGCGUUCGGCUUCCAGGGCUGGGAAUAUUUUAUCAGCCCGGUGCAAAAUGACACCAGAAGCGCAGAAAGCGCGCACAUCGUCCGGCGCAGACCCAUUAACAACCUGAGGCUCAAUUCAACCUCGAGAUGCGCGGUGGACAGCGACCUCAGCGCCCAGGUUGCGCAAUCGUUGGAGAAAUACAAGCGACUGAACGAUUACAGCAAUGUGACCGAGACGAUGCUGAGGAGGAUGGGGAGAUCCAAGAGGUUCGCGUCAGUGCCCAGGUACGUGGAGACGCUGGUGGUGGCGGACGAGUCCAUGGCGCAGUUCCACGGAGAUGACCUCAAACACUACCUCCUGACGCUGAUGUCGGUGGCGGCGAGGCUCUACAAACACCCCAGUAUCCUGAACUUCAUCAGCAUCACAGUGGUGAAGAUCGUGAUUAUAUCCGAGGAGGACAAAGGACCCAAGGUGUCCGGGAACGCAGCCAUGACGCUGCGGAACUUUUGCACCUGGCAGAAAAAGCUGAACAAAAACAACGACAAGCAUGCAGACUACUGGGACACGGCGAUUCUUUUCACUAGACAGGACCUGUGCGGAGCCUCCACCUGUGACACUCUCGGCAUGGCCGAUGUUGGCACCAUGUGCGACCCCAAGAGGAGCUGCUCCGUGAUCGAAGACGACGGCCUACCUUCAGCCUUUACCACUGCUCAUGAGCUUGGACACGUGUUCAACAUGCCACACGACAACGUGAAGGCCUGCGAGGACGUGUUUGGGAAACUGCAGGACAACCACAUGAUGUCUCCCACCCUCAUCCAGAUAAACCGCACCAGCCCCUGGUCUCCCUGCAGCGCAGCCAUCAUCACUGAAUUCCUGGACAGUGGGCACGGGGAAUGUUUGCUCGACCAGCCCCAGAAGCCCCUGGUCCUCCCUGACGUGCUGCCGGGAUCCACCUACAGCCUCGACCGUCAGUGCGAACUGGCAUUUGGAGAAGGCUCCAAGCCCUGUCCCUUUAUGCAACCGCCAUGCGGCCGCCUGUGGUGCACAGGGAAAUCCAACGGCCAUUUGGUGUGCAUGACCCGUCACUUCCCCUGGGCGGAUGGCACCCACUGUGGGGACGGACAGGUCUGCGACAGAGGGGUCUGCUCCGACAAACAGGCCAAAAAUGCGAAGGUGGACGGCCGCUGGGGUAAGUGGGGCCUGUUUGGUUCCUGCUCACGUACAUGUGGAGGCGGCGUCCAGCUGUCGAAGAGAGAGUGCAACAACCCAGUUCCGUCAAACGGUGGUAAAUACUGCCAAGGGGUUCGGGUCAAAUACCGCUCCUGCAACCUGAACCGCUGCUCUGACACAGGUAAGACUUACCGUGAGGAGCAGUGUGAGAUCGGUGGGCAGAACUUCAACAGUAACCGAGUCGCCCACUCGGUGGUGUGGGUGCCCAAGUACUCCGGAGUGUCUCCUGAUGACAGGUGUAAACUCAUCUGCAGGGCUAACGGCACGGGCUACUUCUACGUCCUGGCACCAAAGGUCGUGGAUGGGACUCCAUGCUCCCCAGACUCCACAGGAGUGUGUGUCCAAGGGAAGUGCAUUAAGGCCGGCUGUGACGGAAAAAUUGGCUCGACCAAGAAGUUUGAUAAGUGUGGAGUCUGCGGAGGUGAUAACAAGGGCUGCAAGAAGGUGUCGGGACUCUUCACAAAGCCUGUGCAUGGCUACAACUUUGUGGUGAUGUUGCCGGUGGGUGCAGCCAACAUAGACGUCCGUCAGCGAGGCUACAAAGGAAUGGUGGGUGAUGACAACUACUUGGCGGUGAAGAACAGCGAGGGCUAUUACCUGCUCAAUGGGAACUAUGUUGUGUCAGCCGGGGAGAGGGACAUCAUGGUGAAGAACAGCCUGCUGCGCUACAGUGGCACAGCUGGCCUUUCUGAGACCCUGAAUGCUGUGAAGCCCUUAGGGGAAGCCCUGACUGUGGAGGUGUUGUGUGCAGGCCAGAUGACACCUCCCCGAAUCCGCUACUCCUUCUACCUCGCACGUCAAUCCAAGGAGGAAAAGCCUCUCAAGAAGGACGCGCGUGUAAACGCCCAUAACAGUGUCCUGACUGAGAACAGUGUCAAGGAGAAGGGAGGAGACAUCCUGAAGAGGUCGUAUAGCAAGGAGGAUCCUGAUCUUGGGAAAUGGAUAUCCACAAGUUGGGACAAGUGCUCUGUGACCUGCGGCGGUGGGAUCCAGAGGAGGAUGGUGCAGUGUCUGAGACAGGACGGGAGGCCUGGGUUGGACUGUGAUCCUUCACAAAGACCUGCGGCCACUCGGGUUUGUGGAGACCCGUGUCCUGAGUGGCUUGUUGGGCAGUGGUCGCCUUGCUCCAGAACCUGUGGGAAGGGCUUCAAGAGAAGACCACUGCACUGCAAAACCCAAACAGGGCAUCUGCUCCCAAGGGAGCACUGCAUUGGCAUACGGAAGCCACAGGAGCUGGACUUCUGUAACCUGAAGCCUUGUUAGUGCCUAAAACCUAUGAACUAAAACUCUCUCUGUUUUUAAAAGGACUGAUUUGAUUCCACUUCACACACAGACAACGUGAACGCAUCAUUGGGACACUUGCUUGGAAGAACAACAAGAAUGUUGGAAGGAGAGUGGAAGUGGCAGGAUGAACGCUGGAAGAUAUUUUUCACUGCCAUCACUCUGACUUCAAAAUCCACGAUCCAGGUCCUUCUCUGAUGGCAAAACAACGCGAGAGAAGGUCAAAUAAAAUGUAGUGGAAUCCCUCGUACUGUCAGCAGAUACAGACCGCUGUCAGCAAUCAAUCCAGUUUACAUUAUGAGUCUUGAACCAAUUUCUUGUCAUAAUGUUUUCAAUGUGCAGGUUCCUCAGUCUUUCAAAUAGAUCUGGAAGCCUUGUGGCUAUAUUUCAGGAAGCAAA